GUGCCGCGAGGGAAGCAGGAAGUGACCGCGGAGUGGAGCCGGGGAGCCAGCGGUUGCGGGGCUGAUGGAAGUGGAGUGGGGGCUUGAGAGGGCACCGAACUGUAUCCAGCAUGCUCCAAGGCCACAGCCCUGUGUCCCAGGCCUUGCUGGGGACCUUCUUCACCUGGGGGAUGACGGCGGCUGGGGCAGCUCUUGUGUUCGUAUUCUCUAGUGGACAGAGGCGGAUCUUAGAUGGAAGCCUUGGCUUUGCUGCAGGGGUCAUGCUGGCCGCUUCCUAUUGGUCGCUCCUGGCCCCAGCGGUGGAGAUGGCUACGUCCUCUGGUGGCUUUGGUGCCUUGGCCUUUUUCCCUGUGGCUGUCGGCUUCACCCUCGGAGCUGCGUUUGUCUACCUGGCUGACCUCCUCAUGCCUCACCGGGGUGCAGCAGAAGACCCCCAGAUGGCCCUGGCACUGAAUCUCGACCCUGCGUUGAUGAAGAAGUCUGAUGCUGAGGGUCCCAGGCCGUUCUUCCCCGAGAGUGAACUUUCCAUCCGGAUAGGUAGAGCUGGGCUUCUUUCAGACAAGAGUGAGAAUGGCGAGGCAUAUCAGCGGAAGAAGGCAGUGACCGCCGACCUUCCAGAGGGCCCAGCUGCCCCCGGGCCGUCUCAAGGGAGCCCGGUGCCGCCCGGCGGCAGCAGCUGGAGGAGGAUCGUGCUACUCAUCUUGGCCAUCACCAUACACAACAUCCCAGAGGGUCUUGCUGUUGGAGUUGGAUUUGGGGCUGUAGAAAAGACGGCAUCUGCUACCUUUGAGAGCGCCAGGAAUUUAGCCAUUGGAAUUGGGAUCCAGAAUUUCCCGGAGGGCCUUGCUGUCAGCCUCCCGCUGCGAGGGGCUGGAUUCUCCACCUGGAGAGCCUUCUGGUACGGGCAGCUCAGCGGCAUGGUGGAGCCUCUGGCCGGGGUCUUUGGUGCCUUUGCCGUGGUGCUGGCGGAGCCCAUCCUGCCCUAUGCUCUGGCCUUUGCUGCCGGCGCCAUGGUCUAUGUGAUCAUGGAUGACAUCAUCCCCGAAGCCCACAUCAGUGGUAACGGGAAACUGGCGUCCUGGGCCUCCAUCCUGGGUUUUGUGGUGAUGAUGUCGUUGGAUGUUGGUCUGGGCUAGUUGCUGAAGUGCCUCGGACCCCAGGAAAGGCAGCACGAGGAAACGGCCGGGAUUGGCUUCUUCAGGACCACAGCCUCUUUCUUCACAUCAAAACGUUUUUCCUUUCCCUCCUUUUUGUCUCAUUACGCUGAUUGACUCUGAUCAUGACAAUUUUUAGUUUUCUUUUAAGGGAGAUGGUGGUUUUAUUUGGAAUUUCUGGUAGUCACAGAACUACAGAUUUUUGCUUGGUCACUACAUGGACUCUUUCUUCGGUGGGAAAACCAAGGACCUACAGAUCAGGGAAGUCUCUGCUUUUGCACCUUUGGUCUCCCUCACUGGACUCAGUGGCAACUCCUCAAGGUCACCUACAGAAGCAAGCUACCAAGGGAGAAGUCUCCCAAGCAUCUUUGCCUAGUGACUCAGAGCAGAGUGGCCAGGACAGCUCUUGUCUGUCCUUCCCGAUCUUCUACCGUUGAUCCUCUGUCCAUCAAGACUCGAACAGGAGCAUCGUGGACAAAGCAACCUACUUCCCAAGGCCCAAGGAGGAACAUACCUUCUUCUGCCUCCCCCGAGGGGGAGGCUGCAUGGGGUGAGACACAGAAAAAGGGAAGAAAAGCAGCUAGUCUUUCUCUUUUUUUAAGGCAAAGAUUGACACUAUUGAAAUUAAGGGAAUUAGGACAACUGUGAACACACAGUGAGCCCUUUGAAAAGAGGACAGGGUGGAGCUUUGAUCAGAGACCUCUGCUCUCUCUGGAUUCCAAGAGCAAACCGGUUUGCCAUGGUUUCCAAGUCCCCUAGACAUGUGUUUUGAUAAGCUUAUAGGCUUCAUUUUUCUAAGAGACUUGGGGACACCAGCAAACUGCUAGAACUCAACCCCUUCCUUUACUUAUGGAGGGAGCCACUUAAGCUCAUUUAAGUGAGCGAAAGACAUUUCGAAUCUGCACUGGGUCCUUCUCUGUUGACUAUUCGGUAACUUAUAACCUGACCCAGAGCUCUUAAGCAGCUGUGUUGGACUUUGGCCGGAGAGCUCAGGAUAAGAAAGGAAAAGGGGUAGGAAAAGAAGAGGUAUUUUUACCAUUUCCCUUUUAAAGUAAAUUUGAGACAAAUCAUCAUUCUAAAAUGACCCUAAAGAAUGACUUGAACGAGACUACUCCCUUAUCCACACAGCUUCUCCAUCAGGGGUGACAUAACUUGUCUGCUUCCAGCGUAGCUAAGGCCUGCCGUUCUCACUGGUCAUAGGAGCCUUCGGGACCUUGAGUGGGCUCUGCUGACAAGGCAGGCAGCCCAGGAGGCAGGUAUUCAGACGCCGUGUGAUCAAUGCCUGCCCUGCGUUUACAUGUCCCAGUGCUGCCAAGGGUGAAUAGUCUGUUCUGGGAAUGCCCUAUAGCCCUACGCUAGAUCUAUGUUUGUUCCUCCGGAGCACUGAUGAUCACAAUUGAAGACACAUUCAGAGGUUUGAUUGGUGGAGAAUCGUUGGUUUGGUGGUUGGCAUAUGGGUAUUUUUAUGUCUUUGUAUGUCGUUCUACAUAAUGCAGACUUCUUUCUGAUGGACAAGACCUCAUAACUGUGAUUAAUACCAAUAAAGGGGAUAUUGUUGUGGA